AUGAGUGAGCGUGUGUUUGGGACAGACAUCCGUUAUCUGGGCCUAGGGAAGCAUAACUAUUGCAGAAAUCCUGAUUAUAGCCGAAAGCCAUGGUGUUAUGUUCGGUCACCUUUUGGAGCAAUGAAAGAAUACUGCAACAUUCCACACUGUGCGAGAGAGCCAAAAUCCACGGGAGACCGGACCAAUGGCCCAAACACACAGUUCAAGUGUGGAGAAAGACCUGGAAAACUAAUGAAGGUGGUCGGUGGACUGAUAACCCCCGUGGAAACCCACCCUUGGAUGGCGGCUAUCUUCAAAAGGAGGUCCAAUAGGAAUGAGGUGUUCCACUGUGGAGGGAGCCUGAUCUCUCCCUGCUGGGUUCUCACUGCGGCCCAUUGCUUCCCAGAUGGCCUCCACGAGAAAGCUCACAAGUUCUCAGUAUAUUUGGGAAAGAACGCCAUAAAUGAAACAGAUGAGAGCAGGGAGCAGAAAUUCAAAGUAACAGAUGUGAUCCUUCAUGAGAAUUUUGACGACACUGAGGGAAACUUCAACAAUGACAUCGCGUUGCUGAGGAUAAGUGGGCGGAACGGAGAGUGUGCUGUGGAGACCAGAUCAGCAAGGACAGUGUGUCUGGCUCCACAGGGGCACAGUCUGACUGCAGGGGUCACCUGUGAGAUAGCUGGAUACGGCAAGGAACGACAAGGUUUAUGGUACAACUCCCAGUACCUGAGGGAGGGGAAAGUCAACCUGCUGGCUCAGGACUUGUGUUCCAGCAAGUCUUACUAUGGCAGUAUGAUCACAGACAACAUGGUCUGUGCUGGGAGCCCUGACUGGACCACAGAUGCCUGCAAGGGGGACUCAGGAGGACCAUUGGUGUGCACCAUAGAAAAUCGCUUGUUCCUUUAUGGAAUCAUCAGCUGGGGAGAAGGAUGUUCCAGAGAGUUCCGCCCAGGCGUGUACACACGUGUGACCAACUACAAUGAGUGGAUUGAGCAGAAAACAGGUCUGGCCAUCAAAUCUGGAAAUGCAUACCCAUAA